AUGGCGACAGCUCCCAGAGGAAGACUACAGGGCAAGAAUGCCAUCGUGACGGGUGCUGCAGGUGGCAUCGGCCUCGAAACGACCAUUCUCUUCGCCCGAGAAGGCGCCUCUGUCCUCAUGGCAGACAUCUCCGAGCCGGCUCUCGCCAAGGCAUUGGCAAAGGUGAAAGAAGUCGCACCCAACGCGUACCGUGUGGAGACGAUCAAAUGUGACGUCUCCAAAGAAGACGACGUCAAGGCCAUGAUUGAGUCCCAGGAUGGCUGGGGUGGAACCGACGUGAUCUUCAACAACGCCGGAAUCAUGCAUGCCGACGAUGCCGAUGCCGUCGAUACUCCCGAGAAGAUCUGGGACCUGACUCACAAUAUCAACGUCAAGGGUGUGUGGUUCGGAUCGAAGCAUGCCGUUCUGAGUUUGCGACGACACAAGAAGACAAAGGGAAGCAUCAUCAAUACCGCUAGUGUCGUUGCUCUCGUUGGAAGUGCUACCCCCCAGCUUGCAUACACUGCCAGCAAGGGUGCUGUAUUGGCUAUGACCCGGGAAUUGGCAAUUGUGCAUGCGCGCGAGGGUUUCCGAUUCAACUCACUCUGCCCGGCUCCGUUGAACACCCCUCUUCUCCAAGACUGGCUCGGUGACGACCAACCCAAGCGCCACCGCCGCGAAGUCCACUUCCCUACUGGUAGAUUCGGCGAAGCUAUCGAGCAGGCAAAUGCAGUGGUGUUCUUGGCCAGUGACGAGGCCAGCUUUGUCAACGGCACAGACUUUGUCGUUGAUGGAGGAAUGACCAGGGCCUAUGUUACCCCUGAAGGACCUGCCACAACUCCUCCACAGAACCUCGGCAAAUAA